CCCUACCCAACAACCCCCCAUCUCUUGAGCCCUUCCCAUCCGUCAUCGCCACCUCCAACACUCACCAGUCACCACCCCCUAUAUCACUGCAAAUCUUUUCUUUCGUUUAUCUUUUUUUGGGUCUUUUUUUUUGGCUCUGGAGCUAGAGAUGGCCGAUUCCAUCACGCACAAGCAAGAUGCGAUGGGGGCAGGUUUGAAGGAGCAGUGAUGAAAGGACACCGGCGAAGGGGCGAAGAUACUCCGUAACAUUUUCUUGAGGUCCAACCCUUUCGGUACAAUGAUCUGUCGUAGCCUUCGUUUCUGCGAAAAGGUUAGGACUGGUAAAUGCGUUCUUAGCACUAAUCCUUAUCUGAGAAGGAAUUACGGCUUCUCUUCCGCCGCCAAUACAUUCAUUUUCAAUCGUACAAACCCCAAUUUUUUCCCAGCAUCUUAUGAUAAUAAAGAUUAUAUCAAAAUUUGUUAUUUUGUGAGAAAUUAUUGUUCCGGGAAGGGCAGGGAAGUUCUUAAUGAGUGGAGUGAAGACAUAGUGUACUUGGAUGAAUCGGGUGGAGUAAUCUACUCUGGAAAAGGGAUAAGGUCAGUCGAGCCCGGUCUUGAUGACCAUGUAAUGGUGGGUGGCUUGAAGAAGCCUAUUCUGAAUGCUUCUGCAGUGGCUAAGAUAGUUGAGAUUGUUAAAAGGUGGAGAUGGGGUCCUGAUAUGGAGACCCAGUUGGACAGACUUCAUUUUGUGCCGAACAUGACUCACAUUACGCAGGCUUUCAAGGUUAUGGAAGAUGCCGAUGCUUCCCUAAGCUUGUUUCGGUGGGCCAAGCGACAACCUUGGUACAAGCCAAGUGAUGAGUGCUACAUGAUUAUGUUUGAUAGGCUGAAUCGAAAUAGAGAUUUUGAGGGGAUUCGAUCGGUUUUUGAUGACAUGGUUGUCGAUUCGGGGGAGAAAGGCACCUCUUUAAUCAAUGCUUACAACCAGGUCAUUCAGUAUUUGGCAAAAGCUGAGAAGUUGGAAUUGGCAUUCUGCUGUUUUAAGAAAAUUCAGGAGUCUGGUUGUGAAGUAGACAGCCAGACCUACAAUUCUGUAAUAGCCCUGUUUUUCAGUAAGGGCUUGCCUCACAAGGCAUUUGAGGUAUAUGAGAACAUGGAAAAUGCAAGGUGCUCGUUAGAUUCAUAUAGUUACGAGUUAAUGGUACCAAGUCUAGCGAAAUCAGGCCGCCUUGACUUGGCAUACAAGCUCUACCAAGAGAUGAAAGAAAAGAGGUUCCGGCCAAAUUUUGGGAUUUUUUCCACACUUGUUGAUACAAUGGGAAAAGCUGGGAGGUUAGACACAUCAAUGAAGGUCUACACGGAAAUGAAGGGUUUUGGGCUUAAACCAUCUGCAACAAUGUAUGUGUCCAUGGUCGAUUCAUUUCUCAAGGCAGGGAAAUUGGAUACUGCAUUAAGGCUUUGGGAAGAUAUGAAGAAGGCAGGGUUAAGACCUAAUUAUGGCCUGUACACUAUGAUGGUUGAGUCACAUGCAAAAUCUGGGAAACUUGAUAUUGCGAUGUCUUUCUUUACUGAUAUGGAAAAAGAUGGAUUCAUGCCUACCCCAACUACCUAUUCAUCACUUCUGGAGAUGCACGCUGCUUCUGGCCAAGUGGAUUCUGCAAUGAAGCUUUACAAUUCCAUGAUAAAUUCCGGUGUAAGACCAGGCCUAAGUACUUUCACGUCCUUGCUGAGCGUCCUGGCAAAGAAGAAUCUCGUGGAUGUUGCUGCUAAGGUUUUACUUGAAAUGAAGGCAAUGGGAUAUUCAGUUGAUGUGACCGCGAGUGAUGUUCUAAUGCUCUACAUCAAGAACAGUUCUGUUGAUCAUGCUCUAAGGUGGUUGCGCUUUAUGGGUUCGUCUGGGAUCCGUACAAAUAAUUUCAUCAUACGUCAACUCUUUGAGUCAUGUAUGAAAAAUGGACUUUAUGAGUCUGCUAAGCCUCUCCUUGAAACGUUUGUAAACUCUGCUGCUAAGGUUGACCUAAUACUCUAUACCUCAAUUCUGGCCCAUCUGGUGAGGUGCAAUGAGGAAGUGAGCGAGAGGCAUUUGAUGUCAAUCCUGAGCGCAACGAAGCAUAAGGCUCAUACUUUCAUGUGUGGACUCUUCACUGGCCCAGAACAGAGGAAGCUGCCAGUCCUAUCCUUUGUAAGGGAAUUCUUCAAGGGCAUUGACUAUGAGUUGGAAGAAGGAGCUGCAAGGUACUUUGUAAAUGUCCUACUUAACUAUCUUGUUCUCAUGGGGCAGAUAAACCGUGCUCGUUGUGUGUGGAAAGUUGCUUAUGAAAACAAGCUUUUCCCAAAAGCAAUAGUGUUUGAUCAACACAUUGCAUGGUCUCUUGAUGUCAGAAACCUGUCUGUUGGAGCAGCUCUUGUAUCGGUCGUCCACACACUCCAUAGGUUCAGGAAGAGGAUGUUGUAUUAUGGUGUCGUCCCCAGACGAAUCAAACUAGUGACUGGGGCGACUCUUAAGAUAGUGGUCGCGCAGAUGCUAAGCUCAGUUGAAUCGCCUUUUGAGGUUAGUAAGGUUGUUUUGAGGGCUCCGGGCGAUACUGUCUUGGAGUGGUUCAAGAAGCCAAUUGUCCAGCAAUUUCUCCUGAAUGAAAUUCCAUCAAGGGCUGACAUUUUGAUGCAUAAACUCAACAUACUUUUUCCCAGUUCUGCACCCGAAAUCAGAUCAGUUUCCCCCCCUAGACCUCUUCUUCCCGGAAAGUAUGCCUAGUUGCAAAUGAGAUUACAUACUAAAUGAUGGAUAAUGGACUUUAUGUAUCUGCAAACUGAUGUGUAAGCUGUUGUUUUACAUGGUAGUCAUGGUUAAACUCUUUCUCUUGACUCUGUAAUAGUGUCUAUUAGAUAGAAACAUCGGGCAUUGCAUUUUUGAAGACUUCUUAGCUGUAUGUGAAUGGGUUUUUAGUUCUUGUUACCCUGUGCAAUUUCCCAAUGUCACCUUGAAUUUCUCAUUUGCAUCCAAAAUAUAACUUCGUGUACUUAGCAGCUUCUUUAAUAUUUUCCACUUGUCUCCACUGAACUAUCUCCAUAUCUGCUAAUGAUCCCUCAUCACUUGCUACUUUCAUGGAGUAUGGCACACCGGAUGAAGUCCGUUUGUGUAACGAACUACCCGAUCGAGUUACAUCAUCGGAAAUCACUUUGGAUGGGUAGAGAUGCAGUCAAAAUGUCCAACCUUCUGUUUCCACUGAUAAGAUAGUGUCACAUUACCAAGUAAUAAGAAAUUGACACCAGCAAAGUUUAAAGCAUGGAAGGUGUGGCGCAAAGACGGUCGUAGCCUCCAGCACAAUGGGAAGAUCAUAACAAUGUUUCGAGCCGAAGGCAAAAAUCCAUUUUAAAGGUUCUUCGUGGAACCAAUUUCUUGGAAUGAAGGCGAGGCAUUCUUGAUGUCCAGUUCGCCCGAAUUCAAUUAUUUGGAACUUAUGGUUUCGUAGAAACACAUUCGCUUAGGCGGCUUAGCAUCGGGUUUUAGAAUAAUUAUCUCUUUGAUUAUGGGCUGUGGCUGUUUUUUU